AUGCAAAGAUGCGCUACUGGAGUGUCUGGUUCCGAGUACAAUGGAAGGGCUAUGACCUGUCUCACGACCAGUGGGUCAAGCAUUCAGAUGUGUUUGCUGACGAUGCUGUGGCAGCAUUUUACCACAGAUACCCUGGGAAGCCACGCAUCAUCACAACGGCCGUAUUUGACUCGCUGCCCUUCAGGGACUCAUCGACCCCUAACCGUGCCUUGCAUCAAGGCACCGCAAUCAAGAGGGGGGGUGAUGUCAGGGGAACCCCUGCUUUUGUCCAAUCGUCAUGGGAUCUUGCAUGUGACCGUGCACGUGCCAUCUGUCAGGCAUCACAUGCUUUGGUCCGGACUUCCCUGCCAAGCGCAUCCACAUGACACUCCAGCCUGGACCCCCAUUAUUCUGACGGUCCAGCUCCCCUUGUUCUCCCCGAUCCAGCCCCUCAUUGUUCCCUGGCCCCAUUGUCUGGCGCUUCCAUUGUGCUUGGUCAUCCCUUGUUCUGUAGGCUAUAUAUAG